AUGAAAACGCAGAAAGACGGAGGGGCUGAUAGGGUGAAGCCCAAGAGAAUUGCGCAGGUCAGCAAGGGCGAGGGCGAAGAGUUGACCAGAAUUGACAUUGCUGUGAACCGGGCCUUUGGAGAGGGACUUGAGGGCUUCCGCCACCGAAGGAGGCCAGAGGACGGCGGAAGAUCGGAGGAUCACAGGCAGAAACGGGAGAAUCGACCUGAAAUCAGCCCUGCUCUCCAUCAAAUCAUUCAGAAGCUGUUGGGGGAAAUACCAGAAAAGGAAAAGGAAGAGAAAAUGAAGUCACCUCUUCUGCUCAUGCUUUGCUUUUCCUCCUCCUCUAUGAAUACUUUUCCCCGCGGACGUCACCCUUGGAUCAAAGAGCUCCUUGACCUUGCCGACCUCCUUAUCGAUCGGUUGGAUCUGCCAUAUUGGGAUGGAUUGGAGUCUGCCUUCACGAAGUAG